CUAGAUAUUGGGAAAACAUAAUGGAUUCAAGGUACGCACUUGAGCUCCAAAGAAUCUAUGGUGUUCCCGGAUCAGAACACGUUGGCUACCAAAACACUUAUCUCAUUAUUGGGAACAGCAGCAGUCCAUAUCAACAUCCACUAAUGUUUCUCAGCGAUGACUCCUCCCGCGCUUCAUCAGGACAGGAUAAUACUAACGGUGUACACCGAAGAGAGGGAAGUAUAUCUAAUAUUGGAAGUCAGAACCCGGCCACUGAGGCAAUCUUACUGCGAGGUGAGUCCUCGGUAAUGGGCGGGGAAAGGAACAUUAAAAGAGAGGCAGAAGGGAGUGUAACAGGAGCCCAAGGCAACAGUGAAGUAGUAGGAGGUUCCCUUGCUGAGACGCCAAAAGCAGAUAAUGAGGUAGAACCGGAACUAACUCCCAUUAAAGUUGAAGGCAACGACGGUGGAACAACUGAUCUCUAGAACUAAAGCAAAAAUAAUGUAUGAAGUAAGAGUGGGAACGUGUAAUAUUUUGGAAGCUAAAGUGAA